AUGCCAAGUCGAAGUAAAAAGCAGCAAGACGAUUCCAUUCCCGUAAUUGGUCGUGCUCGUAGCAGCGGACGGGGACGUGGUCAAAGCACCAGAGGUCGUGGCCGUGGACGUGGAGGCCCUGCUCCUACCGCAUCCAGUGCUACCAUCGAACCAUCUGGAUCGUCUCCAACGCCGUCUAGUGUUGCUUCUUCUCUCGCCAGUGUCGAGUCACUUGCGUUGCAGCUUGAGGAAAAGACGCAUGUAUCCGACACUCCGCAGCUCGUGCCGUCGCUCGUGCAGACGCAUUUUCCCUCUCGUCCUGGUUUUGGCAAACUUGGCAAACCUGUGAAACUUUAUGCAAAUCAUUUCAAAGUGAAAUUUAAUUUGACUGGUGAUGUGUAUCAUUAUGACGUGACGUUUGCAGAAAACGGACGGAGUUUUGGGAAUGAUGGUCCUCCCAAAGCGUUAGCCAUGAAGAUUAUGAAGUCCCUUAUGGCGGAACUGGAACGUCAAUUUCCCACUGUAAAAGUCGUCUCGGAUGCUCGAAAGAACAUUUAUGCACCCACAAGACUGCCUUUUGAACGUCAGGAGUUUAAAGACUUGAAAUUACCUGAUGAUGGAGGAAAAGCAAAGGAGUUUUCAGCUAUUGUAAAGGAAGCCGACCCUGUAGCCAUUCGGAUGCAGCAAUUAGAAGAAUUGUUUGCUGGACGGUUGAAUUAUACACCCUAUGAUGCCUUACAAGCACUGGAUGUGGCUUUACGUCAUUCGGCAUCCAAGAAGUUUACUGUGAUUGGUAGGAAUUUGUUUCAUGGCAAUGGAGCCACCUCACUUGGAGAAGGAGCAGAGCUUUGGUUUGGCUACUUUCAAAGCUUACGAGCAACACAGAAUAGACUGGUUGUGAAUCUCGACUUGGCUGCUACAGCUUUUGUCGAAGAGAUGUCUGUAGUUGAUUUUGUAUGCACGACACUGUCGAUGCGACAGAUGCCAACGACAUUGGCCAAGUACCAGCAUUCAGCAUUCAGUAAAGCUAUUCGAGGUGUUAAAGUGAAUAUCACGCAUCGUCCAGGAGUGAAACGUAGCUAUCGUGUCAAUGGCUUGUCAAAAGAGAGUGCCGACAAGACGUUCUUUGAGAAUGACGACGGACAGAGAAUGUCGAUUGUCCAGUAUUUCCAGAAGACGUACAAUAUCCGUCUCCGGUACCCAAGCCUGCCGUGUCUACAUGUUGGUGCACCUCAGAAGAAAAACUAUUUGCCAAUAGAAGUGUGUCAUAUCAUGGCUGGACAAAAGUGUCCCCGUAAAGUUACGGACAAACAAGUGGCUAAUAUGAUCAAGUUCACUUGCACGCCACCAGACAAGCGUAAACGUGCAAUCGAGCAGAAAUUCCGAGAGGCGGGAUUCAAUACGGACCCAACGCUUCGAGCAUUUGGACUAGAUGUCGACCCGCGAAUGGUGGAGACGACUGGCCGCCAGCUGCCACCUCCGACGAUUGAGUACAGUGGAGGCGCCUCGUGA